UCUAAGACCAACUUCUCCAACAACAAUGAUUUCCGCGCUCUUCUCCAAUCCCUUUAUGCCACUUUUAAGGAAUUUAAAAUGCACGAGCAGAUUGAAAAUGAAUACAUCAUUGGCUUACUUCAACAACGGAGCCGGACUGUGUAUAAUGUUCACUCAGACAACAAGCUGUCGGAGAUGCUUAGCCUGUUUGAGAAGGGGUUGAAGAAUGUGAAGAAUGAAUGUGAACAACUAAAUUAUGCGAAACAGUUAAAAGAAAGACUGGAAGCUUUUACCAGGGAUUUCCUUCCUCAUAUGAAAGAAGAGGAGGAGGUUUUCCAGCCAAUGUUGAUGGAAUAUUUUACUUAUGAAGAAUUAAAGGACAUCAAAAAGAAAGUAAUUGCACAACAUUGUUCUCAGAAGGAAACUGUAACAGAAAUACGUAGAGGUAUUAGUCUCUGGAAUCAAGCUGAGGAACUCCAAAAAGCUUUCAAAUAUUCUGUGGAUGAAAAAGCAGAUCAAGAAACUGAAGAAACAGGGCAGUCCAGCAGUCUUGUUCAUCUUCCUUCUGAAGUGAUGCUGACUAUUUUCAGUUACCUUGACCCUCAAGAUUUGUGUCGAUGUAGUCAAGUAAAUACCAAAUGGUCUCAGCUGGCGAAGACUGGAUUUCUCUGGAAGCAUCUUUACCCUGUUCACUGGGCCAGAGGAGACUGGUCCAGUGGCCCACCAGGUGAUCUUGAUACGGAGCCUGAUGAGGAAUGGGUGAAGAACAGAAAAGAUGAAAGUCGUGCUUUUCAGGAAUGGGAUGAAGAUGCAGAUAUAGAUGAGUCUGAGGAAAAUGCAGAAGAAUCACUCUCUAUCAGCAUUAUUCAGAAAGAGAAAGACUUACUCCAAGGUUUAAUUCAUCAUGUUCUGCCACGUGUAGGCAACUCAGUGAAAACAAUUGUGCUGGCUUAUAGCUCAGCCAUAUCUAACAAAAUGGUCAGGCAGAUCUUAGAAUUUUGUCCUAACUUGGAAUAUCUUGAUCUCACUCAAACUGAUAUUUCUGAUUCUGCCUUUGAAAGUUGGUCUUGGGUUGGUUGCUGCCAGAAUCUCCGACAUCUUGAUCUUUCUGGAUGUGAAAGAAUUACAGAUGUGGCUGUAAGAAAGAUCUCCAGAGCCUUGGGAAUACUAUCCCCUGAAGCAGGAUCUCAGAAAAGUUGCCGGAACAAGAAUGGAAAAACUGUAUGGAAAAGCAACAGCAUUACCUUGCAGGCCAACAAAAAGGACUGUGGCUUGCGUGAUAUUACAAAUGACAAUGAGAUUAAAGGAGAAGGAAACGAAAGCCAUUGGAAUUCAUCUGUCAGAUCAGAGAGCUUCAACUCUGCCUAUAUUUGGAUGUUAGACGCAGAAGAUCUGGCAGAUAUUGAAGAUGCUGCAGAAUGGAAACACAGAAAUUUAGAGGGAGUUUGUGUGGUAGAACCAGCCUCUAGCUUUACUUGUUCUGCAACAUGCUGCAGCAAAGACAUUUUUGGGUUAAGGACUAGCAUCUGCUGGCAGCAGCAUUGUGCUUCUGCUGCUCUGACCUACUGUGGUCACUCAUUUUGUUGUGCAGGAACAGCAUUAAGAACUAUUCAGGCACUCCCAGGAUCCUCUGCACUAUCUAAACAUGCACGAAGGACUAGUAAGCUGUCAGAGGAGAAAGACUUGGCACAUUUUAGGAGUGCAAAAUCAGAGCAAGAGACAGCAAGAGUUCUUCAGUUCCUCAGUCUAUCAGGAUGUUAUCAGAUAACAGACAAUGGUCUCAGGAUGUUGACUCUGGGAGGUGGGCUCCCUCUUCUAGAACACCUCAAUCUCUCUGGUUGCCUGACUGUAACUGGUGCAGGCCUACAAGAUUUGGUUUCGGUGUGCCCUUCUCUAAAUCACGAACACUUUUACUACUGUGACAACAUUAACGGUCCUCACGCUGAAACCGCCAGUGGAUGCCAGAACUUGCAGUGUGGUUUCCGUGCCUGCUGCCGCUCUGGUGAAUGACCUGACUACUUACCAUUUUCAGUCUACUUCAUUUAGCUGAGCAGGCUUCCUCUCAUGCACUUUACUUACAGCCCGCAUCUUGUGUUAACAGUUCCCUUUUUGGAGUACACGUAGGUCCUUUUUGCUCCAUAAUUCAGGGUCUUAUAAGCAAACCAUGUAAUGUCAUGCCAUUUUCACAGUGUUUCACUCUGAUUUGGAAGGUGGGGGGGGGGUUUCUUUGUGCUGUGAAAAACUUAUCAAAUUGUUUUGACACUUCUCCCCCAAUGUCUGGCACUUAAUUUGAUUUGUGUUUUUUGUGCUAAGCCCAUAACAUUUUUUAAAGCUCAUGCUUAAAUAUAAACUUUACAGUGAAUGUGAAAUACAUCUGAGUAACAAUAUAUAUUGAUCAGUAGUGUUUUCUCCUCUGACCCUUCUAACCCUAGAGUUGUUCUACUACAAAAUUAAGGAGAUACCUUCUGUUUUAUCACUGGCUUCACAUUUUUUUAGGCUUGAAAAACCAAACAGUAAAUGAAACAUUCCCAUCAGCAUCGAAGUUUGUUAGUCUGACAUGUUAACACAGCAGGCCAAUGACUGUUUGCCACAUCAUUUUGUGGACUUCACAGAAUAACUGUUUAAUCGUAGUUGCAUAGCAACCACAAUCCCCUAUAUCUUCUAUAUAGACCCAAUAAGGAUGCUGGACUCUGAAAGGGAUUUUUCAAGAAGUGAUUUCUCUGCCAUAAGAGCAACUGUAAUAAAUGAAUAAAUAAAUAAAUGCGGCUUUAAGGAA